AUCCCAAAGGCAAAAGCACUGAACGCACGAUCACAAAAUGAUCACUUAACAUCAGACUCACAUUCAAUGUUAGCCACUCAUUAGUGACGCAUUAAUUUGGAGGAGCUCCAAAGUGAUAAAGCUUUAAGUGUUUGGGAGCGAUAUUAAGACACUUAAUUGGAAGGGAAUUCCUGGAUGGAUUUUCGAGGAAAAUCCUCACAAUCGCUUUGUGCAAUUUCUCAGGGAUUUUAAGGGUCAGUGCUGUAAGGUUUUAUGUGAAGUUCCUUCUUGAUUAUUAGGGAAACAUUCCUCAAUCUUUAGCCAAUUUAAAAAUACAUCAGUAUUAUUAUACCAAGUGUUUGUAUCUUCGCUGUUGAGAUUUGUGCAAAAUGCAAGAGAGUGACAAAAUAUUUUGAAGGUCUCUGCAGUUACUGUAGAUUGUUUAUUUGGAUAAAGAGCCAACCAAAUAAGUGAAAUUUGCGUUAUAUCGGUGACUCUUGCGGUUUUUUAUACAGUGAAAUAUUUUUAAAUUCAACUUGAAGUGAUAGAGACACAAAAUUUAGUCAUUUUAAUUCAGUUGGUUUUGUGGGACGAGAGAAGAACAGUGCAGUGUGCAAAAGGCAGGAGAAGAUCCGAACCAGAAGGAAUGAUGUUGACCAAAGUGGCAGUGAUUGUCCUAUUUGCUAAUGCAGUGAUGUCCUAUCGCCUGCAGAGUCCUGCAGUGGAAGUGUGUCCACAUGCCCUUCGUGUCUCAGUGGCAGACAGUUCGGGCAUUGAGCUAUUUGCCUUCCAUGGGAAUAUAAAUCGACCGAUUGGGGAAACAGAAGCUGGCCAGAUGUCUCAAGACGUUAAUCACAAGACUUUUGGAAGAUGGAUCUUUGAGACUGAGUCGGAAUCCUUCAAAUUAGGCGAUACAAUAAACUACUGGAUUUUCGUUCAGCACCGUGGCUUGGGCUAUCGCUCCGACGUCAUGAGUUACACUGUAAAUGCUUUCAGCAAAAAAUGCGAAGCCUAUCAGAGUUCUUCGUCUGAGGAGGAGGAUGUUCACAUGGAUGGCAAGAAAUUUGGGAGAAGGCGAAAUAAGGGUGAACAUUCCAGUCAUUUCCAGCAAUAUUAUCAUCAUCAUCAUCAUCACCAUGAGGAGGGUGGCAAUAGAAGGAAUGGAUACGGAAAUCAUGGCUGGAAUCCGCGACCACCAGUAGUACCACCCUUCCCUCAGCCACCGGCUGCUCUGCCCUUUCCCACAGAACCCAUUGGCCCUGUGUGCUUUUGCGAUAGGGAGGUGAAGAAGGUAACUGAGAAGCUGGCUGAGACUCAAUUGCAAUUACAGGGUAUUCUUAAUACCACGGAGAAGCUGCAGCAGGACUUUCUAUCACUCAAUGAGUUCCUGGGGACUAUUCUCGAGAAAAGUAAUUUUGGGAGGAAACUCCUUCUCACGGGAGUCUUCAGCGCCACUGAUAAUCCCUAUGAACUAAUCAAGACCAUCUUGGAGGAUAAACUGGAUCUCAGUGAUUUAAAAUUAAGGGUUCUGAAUGCCACCACCACGGUCCACGGUGCAAUUCUCUUCGAGAUGACUUCCUCAUCGGACAAAUUGCGAAUUCUGAUGCGAUCUAAGCGUCUGGAAAAAUCAAAAUUGCGCAUUAUUGACUACCAGGAUGAGGAUAAUGAACUUGCAGGAAUUUUCCAGAUCAGUCAGUCUCCCAGUGUACCAUCAUCAACCACUUUUCCCAUUACUGAUGGACCAGAUCCCGACAUAGAUGUGCGCUUCGGUGAAAAUUAGUAGCACUUUGGUGUUCUGCAGAGCAAAAAAUUCUUUAUUGCUGUAAUGUUGCAUUUUAUCGUGUGAAUUAAUGUAAUUUAAAUGUCUUCAACUUAUGUACUGUCUGACUGUGGACUUUUGGCAAGAAAAAAAUAGAGAGGAAGAUUGAGAAAAAAGGUAAAA